AUGACAAUCAUCAUGAGAAAAACAUUGUUAACACUAUUAUUGUUAUCAUCAAUUUUCUCAAUAGCCAACUCAUCAAAAAGAAGAUCAAGAUCUUCCAACAACAACAUAGAUUGGUGGUGUAACCAAACACCACACCCAGAACCAUGCAAAUACUACACAAAACAAACUCAUUACUAUCACAACAAAAGCAUCAAACACAAAUCAAAAUUCCGAGAAAUUCUCAUCCAUUUAGCAUUAGAAAGAGCAGUGAUCAUGCGAAACACGGCGCGUGAAUUCAGACAAAACAACUCUAUCAUAAACAAGAAACAAAAAACCGUGUCACGCGACUGUUUGAAACUCUACGACAACACAGUUUUUCAUCUCAACCGAACAUUCUCAAAUCUCCAUGUCAAGAAAACAUGUUCAUCAUUUGAUGCACAAACAUGGUUAAGCACUGCUUACACAAACAUUGAAACAUGUCGAAAUGGGGCAUUAGACUUAAACAUUCCAAAUUUCAUCACACCAAUUAUGAAAGUAAACAUGACAGAGAUCAUAAGCAAUGGUUUGUUCAUCAACUGGGAGUUCGUUAAACGCGACGGCCGUGUUCGUUACACGGACGAUGUUACCGAUGAAGCAUUUCCGAGGUGGUUUUCGGUUCGGGAGAGGAAGCUUCUGGAAACUUCUAGGGUUAUUAAGGCCAAUCUUGUGGUCGCGAAAGAUGGUUCGGGGCAUUUUAGGAAAGUUCAAGAGGCUAUAAAUGCUGCUGGGAGGAGAAGGUUUAAGACAAGAUUUGUUAUACGUGUGAAGAGAGGUGUUUAUAGAGAGAAUAUUGAGGUCGGGAAGAUGAAUGAUAAUAUUAUGUUGGUUGGUGAUGGAAGUAGGAAUACGAUAAUAACAAGUAGUAGAAAUGUUAAAGCUGGUUUUACAACCUAUAGUUCUGCCACUGCAGGAAUUGAUGGUCUCCACUUCAUUGCACGCGACAUUACAUUUGAAAAUACCGCAGGACCUUACAGAGGUCAAGCAGUGGCGUUACGAUCUGCCUCAGACCUCUCUGUCUUUUACCGUUGUGCUUUUAAAGGCUACCAAGAUACUCUUAUGGUUCACGCGCAACGUCAAUUUUUCAGAGAAUGCUACAUCUAUGGCACUGUCGACUUCAUUUUUGGCAAUGCAGCGGUAGUUUUUCAAAAUUGCAUAAUUCUUGUAAGAAAACCUCUAAACGGCCAAGCAAACAUGAUCACUGCCCAAGGUCGAGAUGAUCCAUUUCAGAACACUGGUAUUGUAAUCCAUAACUCUCAGAUUAAGGCUGCGCCAGAUUUCAAGCCCGUUGUUGGGAAAUUCAAUACCUUCUUGGGCCGACCUUGGCAAAGAUACUCUAGAGUUGUGGUUAUGAAAUCAUUCUUAGAUAAUUUGGUAAGCCCAAUGGGUUGGUCUCCAUGGGGAGGUAGUAAUUUUGCUCAAAGCACUCUAUUUUAUGGAGAGUAUAAUAACUUUGGGCCGGGCUCAUCAACAAGAAAUAGAGUAAGAUGGUCUGGUUAUCAAGUUAUGAAAAGCCCAGCCCAAGCAUUACCAUUCACCGUUAAUAGCCUCCUUGCUGGUGCCACGUGGUUACCUUCCACUGGUGUACCAUUCACUUCUGGCCUUUAA